UAUGCACCGAUUCCACGCCCGCUGCCGUCUACACGGAGCAAACUCAUCCGCGGUCCCGGAGAGCGUUUAAAACGAUGCCCUUGACCCAUUUCCAAUCAGGAACGGUCUGAUUUGUGACUAGCAUUGAUGGAUUGUGCACUUGCCACAAAUGCAUCGCUCACCGGAUGCUCUCGGUUUCAUUUGUUUGACUGGUUGUAAAUGUGUCAGCAGGAGGCACCUAUAACACUGUAAAUCUGCUCUCCUCGUGUCAUCUGUACAGUUCCUCGCGCGCUUCCUUGUUUCAGGCCAAUUGCGGGACGGGCUGAAGCCACGGAGGAGGGGGUGGUCUCCGGUAUCCGGUUCUUUCCGUAAUCCUGUGCUGGUGGAAUUUUAAACCCGUUUCUCCAGCCGGAUUUGCUCAGUGAUGAUUGUUUACUUGAACUGCUACACUACGUUGUUCUUUAGAACGCUUAAUUGUUGCAUUGUAACGUGCGCAGAACGUUUAAUCGAUACAUUAUCGCACUUGCUGCUUAUAGAACGUUUAUAUUGUAACUUCUGCGGGAUGACGAUCGCGUGUAUGUAGAACGUUGAUUGGUUAUGUUGUAGCUCUCGCAGAAUAAGCGUUUCGGAGCGUUUCACUGUUUAACAGUGCAGAAGUGAGCAGAGCAGAGCAGCCCACCGGGAUCCGGUGUAAAUAUUCAACAAAUGAUAGAGGAGGAGUCGGUGCACGAUAAAAGGGAUGUGAACCGAGAGCAAAGAGCUUUGGACUCGGUUUAAAGCGCGCGCUCACUGUGUUCUCCUCAGUUUGCUGGAAGUCCUGCUGCUUUAUUAUGAAGAGUGAUCUCUCAUAACAGGAUUUGGGCAUUAUCGAUCGGAUUAUGAGUGAUCAUCCAUGCAAACUGAAGCGAGAUUGACUUAGUUUCAGAUCUUAAGGGGAUUUAUUUCUGUUCUUCUCUUCCACCCGUUCGGAAGCAUAUGAUAAAAGAGUUAUUCUGGAAACGCAUUGGCAUCCGUUCGGUAUAGGAUGUACCCAGAAAGCAAUGAGAACACUGCAAGAGCAGCCAGCGGGACACCCGGUUCGGAAGAAUCGACCACUGAACCGCAGGCUGGACAUACUGAACAUCUUGCAGUGGAGCACAAAGAGACGCAGGAGUACGAGGAACCGGAGUGUAAGCUCGCCCCGGAGGACAGCACGGUGCAGCUGAUACAAACCGGCUGCCCCGACAAGCGUCCGGCGACGCCGCCCGGCGCACACCCGGGACCGGGGUUCGUUCCCCCGGAGGGGGGCUUCGGCUGGGUCGUGGUGUUCGCUGCAACGUGGUGCAACGGCUCGAUUUUCGGCAUCCAGAACUCAUUCGGGAUUCUGCACAUGAUGCUGUUGAAAGACCAUCAGGAACUGACGGACCAGGCGUCUCAGUUCAAAGUGGCAUGGGUUGGUGCUCUGGCGAUGGGGAUGAUAUUCUUUUGCUCUCCGGUGGUCAGUAUGUUCACCGAUCACUUCGGAUGCCGGAAGACGGCCGUCUGCGGAGCGUUUGUGGCUUUCCUCGGUCUUCUCACCAGUUCCUUCGCAACAACGCUGGGUCUUCGAUACUUCACAUACGGGAUACUGUUUGGCUGCGGAUCCUCGUUUGCAUUCCAGCCAACGCUGGUGAUCCUGGGGCAUUAUUUCCGACAGAGACUGGGUUUGGCCAACGGCGUGGUGACGGCAGGCAGCAGCCUCUUUUCUAUGGGGCUCCCCGUGCUGCUCAAGAAAGUGGUGGGACCGCUGGGCCUUUCCAGAACCUUCCAGAUCCUCAGCAUCUUCAUGCUGGUCCAGUCGCUGCUGGCCCUCACCUUCAAACCGCUCAUGCCCAGUGGGAUGUGCCCGAUGCCAGGCAUGGGACUGGACGGAGGCCCCCCGUCUGGCCUGGAGUCGGCUAGCAGGUGGCAGAAGGGCUUGGCCAAAAUCAGGAAGUACUUUAACGUGCGAGUGUUCAGUGUGCUGACCUAUCGGGUUUGGGCGUUCGGUGUCGCCACAGCAGUGCUGGGAUACUUCGUUCCCUAUGUGCAUCUGAUGAACUUUGUGAAGGAGAAGUUUCCAGACACUCAGAGGGAAUGGGUGCUGCUCGUGUGUAUCGGAGCGUCGUCUGGAGUCGGUCGACUGCUGUUUGGGAAGAUCGGCGAUCUCAUACCUGGAGUAAAGAAAAUCUACAUGCAGGUGGCAUCAUUCAUAUUACUGGGUCUGAUGUCGAUGAUGAUACCUCAGUGCGCCGUGUUCGAAGGUCUGGUGGUGGUUUUCAUAUUGAUGGGUCUUUGUGACGGCUGUUUCAUCACUAUCAUGGCCCCCAUCGCCUUUGAUUUAGUAGGGCCCAUGCAGGCGUCUCAAGCUAUCGGCUACCUCCUCGGCCUCAUGGCCAUACCAAUGACAGCGGGACCCCCAAUCGCAGGACUUCUUCACGACUAUUUUGGAGACUACCGUGUGGCGUUUUAUCUGGCCGGUGUUCCUCCGAUAGUGGGGGGUAUUGUGAUGUUUUUUGUACCUCUGGUGCACCAGCGCAUGAAAAACGAACAAAGAACAGAGGCCAAAGACCCCAGCAUGGACAAGAUGUUGAACUGCUCUAACGGAGACAUGCUGCCCGGAUACACAGACAUGGAGACACACAUAUGAAGCCCACAGCCUCACAAAGGGAUUCAUCUCACCAGCACUGCUUGUGGCGUGUGUACGUGAGUGUGUGUCAAGAUGGCGUGUGAUGUAUUCCCUCUUUGCUUGGCUCUAAUCAAACUCGAAGUCUCAAGGCUUUCCCCCCCUGCUCGUUUGCUGUUCUGGAGAGGAGACAUGAUCAUCCAUCAAGAGCCCAAACCCUCCUCCAGUGGCCCGCACUGCCGUUUCCACCGGCUCCUGAGUGACUGAACAC